AGUUAAAUUUUGGAAAAGUUUUUGUGAAUCCUUUUGUUUAUGUGUUUGUGCUUUUGUUGCGACAUUUGGUUAUCAGAUUCCUUGUUCGAUUUGCCUGAAAUAGGUCGUGCUAACUUUCACUCUAGAUAUAGAUAGGCACUGUGGAUGAUAUAGUAUAGAUACAUGUAUUCGAGGCUCAACAUCGAGUCGUCGAGACUCAAGGCCGAAAUACACAAAUACCUAUGUAUCUACCUGCUAUUCGAAACGAGCUGACUGCUAAGCUGCUUCGGGAUCUGCCGAGCCCGCAUUAUCUGUGAUAUACAGCUCAGCCUCUCGUCCGUCCUAUAAGGGCUGGGCCAUUCGGGGCAAGCAGGCGAGUCCUCAGCAGCUUCCAGCGGUGACCUCCCCCAUCCUCUGUCACAGAGGCAAAAACACUGCUACCUGCUUUAUUGACUGCAUCACUACGAACCAUUGUUACUUAGUCUAUAAUUGAAACAAUAUGCAAUCUGUGAAAAUAAGUAUAAUGAUAGGUGGAUAUUGUAGAAAAUUAUUCUAUUUAUAAUAAUUGUCUGAUGUCUAAUGUUUCUGUAAUAUUAUGUGUUCCACAUCUAAUUAAGGAUAAUUGUUACUCCAAUAUUGAUACUGUUACCGUACCAAUGCAAUGUAAUUACUCCACCUCCAAGUUGGCGGUGAACACAAAUAAAUUUGGUGCUUUUGAGCGAGUCGAUGACAAGAAUGAAAGUCAGCGAGUUAGUGUAAAAAUGAUAGAUAAUAAUAUUUAUAAUGUAGAAUUUGUUGAUAGUACCCAACAAAACCAAAUGAUUGGCGAUACGCCUACCUACUGCAUUCCUUUAACGAUUAACGCCAUAACAGUCCAGGGUAUCUCAUACAGUGACCCGUAUUUCAGUAGCUUUAACUUAAAAUAUAAGAUGGCGUUUGGAGCGCCAGAGUAUAUGAACAAGUCUGAUUACGCUUUUAAAUCUUCAGUUUGUAUUAUACGAGAUGAGCCUUGCAAGUCGAAACUAUUAAACGAAAAGUCUGCUCAUAAUAUUAUAUGCAAAACGAAAACUCGAAUGAUCACUUACGACGACAAGUUAAGUACACAUCAUGACAAUAAUGGAGUCGGCAUGAAAGCCUCAGCUAUGAGAGUGUAUGCUGAUGAAGAUCUCACUUUGGACGCUAUGUUGGAGCUGACCAAAAAUGAAGAGCGAAUAACGAAAGCGAUGAGAAAAGAGGAAUUGGACAGUUGGGGUGUUCCGCGAAGAUUGCGUCUCAGCGGCGGUGGCGAGAGCUCUCUCAAUGCCGCCACCGGCUGGGGAAGCCCGCCGGCCUCCAACAACGCUGGGAAUUGGGGCGGAAACUCCGGCGGCCAAACAAAUAAUGGAUCUAACAAUACUCAACAAUGGAAUAACACAGCUCAACGACCUCCUACUUCCCAAGCCGAUAUGAACAGCAAUAAAGGGAAUGGGAACCAAAUGCCACCGACCAGUGCAGCUUCAGGGCAAAAUUGGCAAAGUUCCCCACCAAACAUGCCAACUUCGCAGCCCAACAACAACGGUGCUCCCGCAAAUAACGGCACUAACAAUGGUGGUAAUGGCAACAAUGGAGGUACGAAUCAGCCUAAUGCUGCUGGAAACGUCAAUGGCCCAUCACCUAACGGGAAUAAUGGGAAUUCCAUUACUGCUUCAUCUGCCAAAAUUGAGCAGCUCAAUUCCAUGAGGGAGAUUUUGUAUAGUCAGGAUGGAUGGGGUGGUCAACAUGUAAACCAAGAAACUAAUUGGGAUGUACCUGGGACCCCUGAACCGGGUGCAAAGGUCGAGCCAAAUGCUGCUGGUGGACCGGCAUGGAAGCCAAACGUUAACACUGGUGCUUUUCUCGGCACGGAUCUUUGGGAAGCCAACUUGAGGAAUGGAGGCCAACCGCCACCACAGCCGGCCGCUAAAACCCCAUGGGGUCACACGCCCACCACGAACAUCGGCGGUACUUGGGGAGAAGAUGAUGAUGCAGCUGAGUCGGCUAAUGUAUGGACCGGUCCUCCUCCGCAGCAGCAAUGGCCCGCUGGUCCGCCACAGCACGCUCAGCAAUGGGCAGUGCCUAAGAAAGAUGAUUGGAAUGCCUGGGGCGAGCCCCAUCGGCCCGCUGACCCGCGUUUGGAUCCGCACCGCACUCCCGACCUACGCCAGCAGUCUUCCGACCCCCGUCACGAUUUGCGCGGAGGGAUCUCCGGCCGGCUCAACGGCGACAUGUGGAGCCAGCAUCAUCAGCAUGCAGGCGGUCCUAACAAGAUGAUGCCUGCCGGCGCUGUCAACCAGUGGGGAGCUCAGGGCCCCAAAGAUAGCAUGAAGGGAUCAGGUUGGGAAGAGCCAUCGCCCCCGGCCGCGCGUCGCGCCGCCGGCGGUUUCGAUGACGGCACGUCUCUGUGGCAGCGCAGCGGCAUGCCCAUGGCCGGCCGCGGGGCGCCGCAAGGCCCGCCCGUGGCCCAGCGCAUGCCGCCCACGCCCACCAAGCCCGACGGCGUGUGGGGAGCUCACGGCCAGCGGAACGGCACUUGGGAAGAGCCCCACGCCCCGGGCUGGCCCGAGCGCGACGCCGCCCCCGGCUGGCCCGACGCCGCGGCGGGCCCCGGCCUGUGGUCUGUCCCGAAGCAGAAGCCCGGACCCGGGGGGUGGCCUGAGGACAUCGGCGAGUGGGGAGGACCCAAACCGCCUCAAAGCGGUCCGCUUGGCAAGCAGAUACCGAAAGAGAUCAUUUGGAACAGCAAGCAAUUUAGGGUGCUUGUGGAGAUGGGUUUCAAGAAGGAAGAGGCCGAAGCCGCUCUGCGCAGCCGCGACAUGAAUGGUGAAGAAGCCCUGGAGGUAUUGACCAACGCCCGCGGGGAGCAAUGGCGUCGCGACGAGCAGUUCCCGGGCCACCACGGGCCCUUCCAACCCCCGCCCUCUGUGCCCGCUGUGUCGCCGGCUGUUGUUCAGAAGCUACUCAACCAACCGCCUCCACAAGCUGUGCAGCAUCAUCAUUCGUAUCCUAAUAGUGGUACCGGCACAGGCCAGCCCAGCGCAGCCCAGCUCCGCAUGCUAGUCCAACAGAUCCAGAUGGCGGUGUCGGCCGGGUACCUCAACCAUCAGAUCCUGAACCAGCCGCUCGCCUCGCAGACACUCGUGCUACUCAACCAGCUGUUGCAGCAGAUCAAAGUACUCCAGCAACUGACGCAGAGUUCGCUGACGAUGUCCAAGGGCAACACGUCCCUCGCCUUACAGUACACGAUGCAAAUCACCAAGGCCAAACAACAGAUUGCGGCUUUGCAGAACCAAAUCGCAACCCAGCAGGCAUUGUUCAUGAAACAGCAGACUGGCGGAGGAGGGGAUAUCUUCAAGCAGAGUCACGACCCAUUGUCGCAACUUCAAAACAAUUUCAGCGAUAUGAGCAUCGCUAAGGAUUCUCAACCGGCCUACGGCGCCAGCGGCAACCAACAGUCCCGGCUGAACCAGUGGAAAUUACCAUCGCUGGACAAGGAUGGUGAAGGCUCAGAGUUUAGCCGAGCCCCUGGCACGGCCAAGUCUACCACCAGCCCGCAGCUCGGCCAGUUGGCACUGCAGCCUGACUCCACAUGGGGCGUGGGCCGCAGCGAGGGCUGGGGCGACAGCGGCGCGGACGUGGCCGACGGCAAGGACGCGUGGCCGGCCCAUGUGGCCCACCAGCCCGUCUACGAUCUGGUGCCGGAGUUCGAACCCGGCAAGCCCUGGAAGGGCAAUCAGAUGAAGAGCGCCGAAGACGACCCGGCGAUGACUCCGGGGUCGGUGGUGCGGUCGCCGCUGUCGCUGGCCGCCAUCAAGGACACCGACAUGCUGGGCGGCAAGACCUCCCCUGUCGGCGAGAGGCUCCUCUCCUCCUCCACUUGGAGCUACGCCCCGCCAGCCACUAGCGCAGGUCCGGGGGCAGCCGUGGGCGCCGGCGCUGCGCUGAAGCCGCCGGCGGACGCGUGGGGCGGCGCCAAGCCGCGGCCGGCGCCGCCGGGGCUCAGCAAGGCGUGGCCGCAGCACCACGCGCCGCAGCAGCGAGUGCCCGUCUGGCAGGCCUCCACCUGGCUGCUCUUGAAGAACCUCACUGCUCAGAUCGACGGAUCUACAUUGAAGACGCUGUGCGUGCAGCACGGCCCCCUGCAGAACUUCCACUUGUAUCUGAACCAGGGCUUCGCCCUCGCCCGCUACUCCACUCGCGAGGAGGCAGCUAAGGCUCAAAUGGCCCUGAACAACUGCGUGCUGAGCAACACGACGAUAUUCGCGGAAUCGCCCGCCGAGUCUGAAGUGCAGAUGAUCCUGCAGCACCUCGGCAACGGCGGCGGCGGCGGCUGGCGCGCCGGCGGCAAGGACUGGGCCUUCCCGGCGCUGUGGCCCGACCACGACCAGCGCGCCACGCCCUCCUCCCUCAACUCCUUCCUCCCCCCCGACCUCCUCGGCGGGGAGUCCAUCUAAACGGCGUCCGUGGUGCGCACUCGGCGGACUAUUUCGUCUGAGCUGAGGUCGAGAGGUGAAUUUUGGACUAUGUCAGGUUGAGAAUCUAUUGUGAAUGUUGUCUCUGCCCUCUCCGGCUGCAGCCUCGGGAUUGGAUCUCGAUGUCUCCGGACGAGCGGGCGCCGCUCGGAGUACGCCGGUGUAUAUUUGUAAUUACGCUUUACGCCCUUCGGGGCAGACUAAUUUAAUUCGCCUACUAGUCAGAUCGUGUCGGCCGCGCCGACCUGCCCGCAGAGCGGCGCGGCCGCGGUAGCCAACUGUCCACAAUACUAUUAUCUACUGUGUUGUAAGUGUUCAUGUAGAAUAUUUAGUGUACAUAAGAAUUAUACAUAUACAAGCAGACAUAUAAUGUAUCGACAGCUAUAUGAGUGGUCGCGGCGGGGUCGCCGAGUGAGACCCGCUUCGCCGCCGCGCCGUAGAUAUCAUCGUCGGCUCGAGAGCUCCUGUAUCUACCAAAUAAUGUAGGUCGUUGUAGAGUAUUGCGUCGCGGGCUACCUCAGUCACUCGUCCCGUGGCCUUAUUUUAGUGUGUAUUUAUUUUGUUGCGCUCCCGGGCUGUUGCUGUUUCGCCCGGCGAGCUGUUGCGUUCCGAGUUUCUUUCGUGUUCGUUUUUUUUUAAUUUUUUUUCUCGUUUUAUCCAUACUGAACGUAUUUUAAUUAUUUAUUCUAUUUUUGAAUUCUCACUCGCGUUAAGCUUUCGGUUUCCAAUAGUGAUAUUUUUUAUCCAGCAAUAAACGUGUAAGUGCAUUUCACUAACAAAACGUUUUAUAAUUAGUUUGUAAUUUUUAUAAAGUUAACAAAAUUUUGAAAUUAUGAGAUUCGAAGUGCAUUCUUGUAGUGGUAAAUUCCUUUUAAGCCGUAUAGUCUGAGAUGGAAAUGAGUAUAACGGUGAGCGGCGCCGGGGGCGGCGGCCAGUGAUGCUAGUAUCUUGCCUAAAGUAAGGAUAAUCUAUUUUGUUGAGCGCCGCGCCGCGCCGGUGCCCCCGCCGACCUGAAAUUUCCCCAAAUUAUUUCCAGUAUUUGUGAUUCAAGUGCCACUUUAUGUUUAAUAUAUGAAUCGAUUAUCUAGAAUAUACGAUUAAUAUAAGGGUAACCUAAUAUAUUAAAUUGAAAAUUGUUUUAUCAUUUUAUAUUACAUACAUUUGUGAGAAGUGUUAUAAUAAAAGUACUAUGACAGUAAUUUAAAAUAUUACACUUUUGUGUAUAGGUAAGAAUAAAGUUCUAACUUAAAUUUAGCCAUAUCAAUAUCUAUUUAAUAAAAGAUUUGUGGUAUUUUCUAUAGGCUCAAUUUGAACGUUAUUCAAAGUGACAUAUGCUUUAGAUAUUCUGUUAAUAAUAUACUUGUAGUCGUAGAAUCUGUGUCGGUAUUACAUCAUUGUAGAUAUAAGUUAGAAUUUAAGCCCUAUCAUAGGUUUCUAUAAGCAUACUGCUGAUAUUUACGGCAACGAUCGCACGUUAAAUGUUCGAAAGUUUAUUUACAUUUUUAUUUACUUUUUAAUUUAUAAUGGUGUGCCACAGAGAUACUCUGCCAAACUAUAUCAUUACCAAUAUAUUGGGCCAGCUGGCAAGCUAGGCCUCGCCUGACGAGACUUCAGUCACCGACGGACCCGCUUUCGGUCGCCGCGACCCGGUCACCGCGAUCGAUUACAAAAAGCGAAUGACUAUAUAAUGUACAUUGUAUCUGUAUUUCAUGCAUCUUCCAGUGAUCUUACGAUUAAACAUAACGAUUUAGUGCUAAGUUAGGUGUAAGUAAUCGCUGUACCUUGUUGGGCCUCGCGCUCGAAACUCUUCACAAACUAAUGGAUUAAGUUAGGAUCGCGAUGUUGGAUAUAUUCGUGCGUUAUGGACUCUGAUCGCUUUGGACCUGUAGUAGUUCUAGUGUUAACUAAAUGUUUCGAUGUAUGAUGUGUUCAUUUAGAACCAAAAUUAGCAUUUGUCAUUACUACCUUAUUAUCUAUAGGGACAGAGUUUAUUCAAUUUGCAUGAAUUGCAUGUUCUCCGUUGCCUUAGCAUGAAGUACGUUAACCACGAUUUUGUUCAACGCGGGACUUUUACUUUUUCUGUACCAAAUUUUGUAUCACAAUAGCGAAAUGGCACAAUAUUUAAUCAAACCAAAUUAAUUUCGCCUUUCGACGGGGCCAUAAUAAUUAUCGAUGUUAGAUUGCCAAAGAGUGUGUAUCAAAGAUAGAUGUCAGGAACAGCAUUGCAUCUGUGCUUAAUGGCGUUUCUUCCAAAUUAUUGAAAUUAGUUUCGCGGUACGGGUUUUUGAUCUGAUGUUCCUAUAUCAUUCGUGUUACGUCUAUACAACAAUAGCGCACGCAAACAAAUAGGCAAUGUCAAUUCUAUUGUUGUCGAGCUCAAUUUAUGUGAGGGUGUUUCUUUUUACCUGUUUAAUAAAGUAAAAAAUAAUAAAAAAAAUAUAUAAAAUGAAAAAAAAAGUUAUUUUUAAAAUGAUAUUGUUCUGUCCACCUCUACACCGAUAUUUCUAAAUGCCUCGAUUUCAGUAGUUUACUGGUUAAUGUGAAUUUAAUGCAGCAAUAAAUGUAAUUUAAUUUUUAUAUAAAUUUUCCAUUUUUAAAGUUAGACAAGCCGAGUAAACGGAAAGUAUAAUGAUCCAGUGCCCUGUAGAAUAUGUUGUCCAAUAGAAUAAAGACGAAAGAAGUCAUGCCUUGAAAAUGUUUAGUCAGUUAAUGUAAACAGUACUUAAAUAAUGGGUAUAUUAUUGUAAAAUGGACAUAAUGUUUAGGCGUUGUGGUAUAGUGGUGUUAGGUCUUGUUAGAGGCGGCGGGCGACUGCGUGCGUGCCUUAACGCUUGAGUCUCGCGCGGCUCCUUGCGUCGGCGCUUGUGAUUCGCAUGCGUGCGUCUCACAUGGACGUUUGCGCUAGAGCUUGCUCGUUACAGACGGGCAAGACAGAUGCUUGCGUUAGCGCAUGCGCGUCGCGUCGCUCUUGGCCACGGCCGGACGGACAGCAAGGUUGUGAGAGGCGGCGUCCUCGCGCCGCCGCGUUUUCUGAAUCUCCUCUCGGUUCAAUGACUGCAUCAUUUCCUGCACACAGUUGCGCCACGUGCAAUUUAGUCUGUGUUAUUAUUAUGUUGUUGUAUAUUUAUAUCCUACGUCUAUUCUGUAAUAUGUAUAUAUUGUGAAAUUUAUAUUCGUAAAAGAUUUAAAUACGCUUCCUGCUUCACUUUUAACAUUUUUUCGUGACUUGUUUCUGUUAUUUAGAAUAAAUUUACGUACCUAAAAGUAAUUAUAAUAAUUAUCAUAGGUGUAAAAGUAAGAAAAAGAGAAAAAAACUAAAAAAAAAAGAAAAAAAAAAGAAAAGCAAUUAAAAUAAACCAAUGAUUGUGCCUCAAUGAACUGUGGUACGUUACCGUAACCGAUGGCAGGUGUAAUCGUUUCCUUCAAAAGUUUAUGAUAAUGAAUUGUGCGCUAGGUACCGCUCGUCGCAGUACGUGACUAUCUGUAGACAAUAUAAGGCGAGCAGGGGCCUGGGCCCUCGCCUUGUGUAAUCGUUAAUGAGCUUAGCUAUGUUUUACUUUUAUUGUAAGUGUUAUGUCAUCAAUCAGCAUUUUAUAUAUAUACCAACAUAUGUGUAAAUAAUUUUAUAUAUUUUUGGUUUUCAUGAAGUUUACCCGAAUUUAACGUUUAACUUGAGUUGAUUGCUUUUUCUUGUCAGGUACGUUUAUAAAUCACGUGGGUUUUCAAUUAUUCCAUAACACUUGAAUGCCAAAGUCGAUGUCUAUGCCAUUAAACGACUAAUGUUCUUAGAUAAUCUGCGUGGAUCUCGGACAUCACAACAAACUAUUGAUCGUACAAAUGGGAGCCAUUUAUUUUAAAAACAGCCGCCGCGGAGGUCGUUGUUCUAUCCAAGCUGCUCUGGUACUUAGCUCAAGUAUUCAAAUAGUAGUUUGCUCAUAAUAUUGUUGUUAAUUUAAUUUUUUAUUAUCUCGAUACCGCGACGCGCGAUCGCAGUAUGAGCGCUAGUUGACAAAUCUCAUACUUACUCAUUAUUAUAAUUAUAACGAACAGCAUUUUAUCUGCAAAAGUACAAUUAUCGAAACAUCGAUGAAUACUGCACUCGUGAGUCGCGCUCUAUGCUUUCCCUUAGUGUGGAGUAAAAUUCUAAAGUUAUUUUUAAUGUCAUUUAGCUUAUAUUCUUGUAACGGACCAUUCUUGCGUCUUAUUGGCGGAUGACAGCGUUGCGUGCUGUUGUUACACUUUCACGUUCUAAUCUUAUUUGUACGUACAGCAUAUCUCGCAGUUGUCACCCUACUUGAUUUUAAAUUCCAUUUUUUAAGACCAGUUACUAUUGAUACUAUUUUAAUGACAACGAUUUUAUCAUAAUUCCAAUAAAUCUAGUAGGGUGAGCUAUCACUAUAAAUACACUUUAUAGUGUUGUUAUGUUGAUUUAUUUUAGUAUAUUCAGAAACGCACUGUACUUUAUAACCGGCACAUGUUACUUAUUCUAUACUACACUCGAAUUUAGGGACCAAAACGUACGGCUUGUAAUUUUUUUUUUGCCGAACAGUCAUUUAAUUGAUCGAUUCAUGCCAAAAGACAUUCUCAUUUUCCAUUGUUGAUAUUUUUCCGUCGCACAUAAAUCUUAAUGACGAAGUUACUGUAGUGAUAGUGUACAUACAAUAUCAGGAUGGCCUUUUAAUUUAAUAAGGUUAAAGUUUUGCUUGUUGUCUUUAUUUAUAUAUAUUUUUGUACGUAGCGUCGUCGGCGUAGGGCGUACGGAUACAAUAGCGCGUUAGGUGAUAUCGACAAAGAAACUAGUCUUCCUUAUGAGGGAUCGUGAUCGUGGCGGAGAUGACGUCGGCACAAGAGGCAAUCAUUCCUCUAGUCUUGUUAUGUGGUGCGUUAAGUGAAUACCAAAUAUAAAAUAACGAAGGCUUAUUGAUGUAGUGUAGGGGUUAUGAUAGACCGCCCGAGCAGCUUGGACCCUGUCAAAUGUUACAAGGGAAUGGUUGGUUAGUAUUAUUAUAAUGCAUUUAUUUCUCUUUUUAUCAUAGUCACUCAAGCAUAUAUUUUUAAUUAAUUGAGCUAAUGCCUAAAAUUGGAAUAUCAGAGUUUAUUUAGGAUGUUUAAUAUUUUACAUUUUAGUGUUUAAAUAUCUAAAAUUUACCUUAAUUAUAGUGAAUGGAUUUUUGUAUUAUUGGUAUAUAGCUGUAAGUCAAAGGGUGUUCUUGAUAACACAAACAACUGAUUAAUACAAAAUAAAAAAAAUUGUACUGAGUGACUUUACGUGUAAACAGAGGGCCAUUGAUAAAAUGUUGAACUAAGCUAAAUUUCUCUAUAUGGUAAUUUAACUAAAUGUGAUUGCUGAAAAUAUUUUUAACUGCUAUAUGUAUAGUUAUAGAUCAGUAAGUCGCCAUUACGUUGGCUGGCUGAGCGGUAAUUUGAGAAAUGCAUUAUGCACCUAUGUAAAUAUGCGUUCUCAAGACCGUCGGCUGCGGCUACCUUAUGGACAAGUAAACGAUUCAGUGUAACCGCAUUUGAUCCGAUCUUUCGGUAUAUAGUUAUGUAUAUAUGUAUGUGUAUCAGGGCCAACCCCCCACCCGACAGUUAAUUGAUGCAGUAGACUCCACUGCUCACUAACUACCACACUGCUUCUCUAGUCUCCCUCGCAUUCAACCUUUGCUAUAAUAAGCUAUGUUGACGAGCAUAAUUAACAAUCAUAUCCUAAUGAUUCUAGUUUAUAUUCGUAUUAUUCUUUCAUUAGAUCUCUGUUGUACCUGUGUGAAAUUGUUUUUAAUCAAUGUUCAUGUACUGUAAGAGAAGUGAACUGGUCUCGACGUCACCUUGCUAGAUUCGAUAUACGUAAUCGCGUAGUACUAUACUUAUGACCAAAAUGUUCCGUUCGAAAACAAAAACCUCUCAAUAUAUGUAGAUAUCCUUGUCUAUUGGCGUCAAAAAUACUCUGCGGUCUUAAAUUAGUCACUUUUGUACCUUGAUUGUACUUGAAUAAUAACCUAGUAAGUGAGGAACGACUAAUCCAAUUCUGAAAUAUACUUAAUUUAAAUUUUGACAGACUGAUAUCUGUGAUUAAGAAAAUAUUUUUAAUAUUGUCCAGUGAGUCGGAUAAAUAUUUAUUUUAUUAGAGAUUUCCUACUGCCACCGGCACAUGCUGUAUGUGACGAGACACGAUGCUUGUAUUUUUUUACUUUAGUAGUGUAUCGAUGGAAUACAAUUUCAGAGAGCAUGUAACUGUGGACAACUGCUGCCUUGUGUUGGUUUAGGUUGUACAGAGUUAUGAACAAGCUUAUAUUAGUGAAUAACCCCACCAUAUGAUAUAGCUACCUAUCCCAAUGAAUGGAAGCAAGAGUUUGUGUAAUUGUAACGUGUUACAACUACCUUCGCGUACAGAGACUGACAUUAAUAAUAAAACGAAAUUGUUAUCUAUACCACCGAUGUCAUCUGAAACUUGUUUCCCUUAAAUAUUUGAUCUUGAACGUUGCAUAUCGACUACAUUUCUAAUUCGAAUUAUUUUGUAUUCAUAUCCGUAAUUCCCAUAUGAGUUAAGUUAUCUAUAUAAAAAAUCUUAAGUUAUCAUAAUAAUUGAAACUAAAUUGAAUGCCUGUAGUGUCGUAGUGAGUGACAUCUCUAAAUAAAAUAGAGAAUUACAAAAUUGGCGUUGUUAUAAUGAAAAUUAAUAUUUUUUGGUACCACCUUUGAGUUAAAGUACAACGUAGUUAUAAAGCGUGUUUCAUUGACGUAUGUAUUCAUUGUAACAAUAUCAGGAUAUUGCUAAUCGAUAAGUUAGAUUAGACUUAAGCUGUCUCGUCUCACAUUACACCAAUUAAUAAUUAUUCUCCUUGAUAUUUGUAUUGGAACACUUAUGUAAUAGGCAGAUACUAAAUUAUUCAUAAUUAUAUCAAUAGGCUAAAAUUAAAAGUUUUUCUGUGCAACUGUGAUGGGAAAAUUUUAUUCUAGAAAAAAAUACUAGUAUUAACUGAGCUGAGGGUCGCACGUACUAGUUUCUCGCCGUUGUGGAAGAUACUGCUAACAAAUACUCAAUGGUAUGUCUUUUGCUAACGAACGAGGAAUGAAGUCUUAUGGUACUAUUUCUGGGACCCGAAGUUCAUUGUGACUUUAAAAGUUGAACUUUUCAGUCUUUUCGCGCAAAGGGUUGUGUAUUAUUUUUAUGUAGUACAAAUGUGUUUGCAAUUUGAUUGCUGCUGUAGUGUUCCUUAUGUUCUUAUUCAAAUUAUCUUUGUUGGGUAUUUAUUUGAAAGAGAAAAAAUAAAACAUAGUAUUUUCAAUGUCUAAAUUUGUAUGUGUAAUAAUGGUCUUAAAUAUGAGGCAUGCGUAACUUUUGUCAUAGUUUUGUAUUAUCGGCUGCCUUAAUAGUAAUACGUGUAUCAAUCUGUAACCAUCCUCUACGUAAGUUGUGUGGGCGAUUCUUGUAGCUGUUGAGUCGCCUGUGAUCCGUCACGUACCAAAUAAUAGAGUAGCAGGUGAGGCGCCGCGGUUCGCUAACGAUUUCCGACCGGGCAAUCGAAAUAAGGACCAAUUACGUUUUUUGAAGAGUCUAUUGUGGCCCUUCAAAAUGCGUAAAAUACUUAUGAAGGGUAAAUUACGUGCUCAAGAAUGCGUAGAUUCAUAUUUUCAAGACUUCAAAAGUCGAUAUUAAAUAUCCAAGCUUAUGUGACGCGUUAUUUUUCCUAGUCAGUGUUGGUCCUUCGAGCCGGAUAUAAUCGUAGCUGACGCGGCGCCGAAGGCCGUCGACAGCGGUUCAAGUUCUUUAUCUAUAUUACCUCAUUCAUUAACCUCACAUAGUGUGUCCUAUAUCAGACUAUUUAUCGUCUCUCCGUACUUAUCACGCUCACUGCACUGUUAUUUGGUACACAUUAAAUUCUCUUUAAGUUAAUUUAAGGUAUUUAUCGUGAAUUUUAUCAGUGUAUCAAAUAGUCCAUAUAUUUUCCUGUUAUUUUUCUGAUACUAAAAGCAAUGUAUUUUACAAACAAAACAGGAGAACAAUAAUUAUUAUAUAAGUGUAACAGUUAGUGAAUUUAAGUGUGCUAUUUUUCAUUCCAGAACUCAACGAUAUCAAUGUUCUUGUAAUACUUAUGUUCGGGUUUUAAAAAGAUGUUAUUAUUGUAUAAUUAUUAAACUAAACCUUAUGUGAUUGAAAUGCAAUGUUUAGAAGUAUUUUAUUCUUUAUUUUUUACCAUUAAUUAAUAAAUAGUUAGUAGAGAUCUAUUUGAGAGUCUAAUGUAUCAAUUAUUUGUAAAGUUGGCUGUAACUAAUUAGAAGUUACAAUAAGUAGACAUAUUUUAAUAUAAAACAUUUGGAGCAAAUUUUAUGUAGAUGACAAAUAGUUGUUUUGAUCAUUAUGUGAAGUGUUGUAUCGUAUUGUAUCGUAUCGUUAGCGCAAUGUGUACGCACAACGGUGAGGCGGGUCGAGGCGCACGGUAGAGCGACGGCCAAGUGCCCGACCGCGCCGCCUCGACCGGUAGACCCUCGACACUCACUGCACAGCACUGCUAGACUAAUUCAGUUACUGCGUAAGGAUAUUUUUCUUACAUCUCUAUAAGAAUAAUGUUUAUAGUAUAGGCAAUAAAUAAUAUUUAACAAAAAGUCCCUAUGUAAUCGAACUGACUACAGAAACGCAUGUUAUAUUUGUGGCCUCUUUAUGAAUAAGAUCUAAGUUACAUGUUAAAGAAAAUUAAUUUUGCUAUGCACAGAAAUGAUACUCAAUUAAUUGCCAAAAAGUUAUAUGUAUAUUCAUAGUUCAACAAUAUUUCUUUUGGGCAUAUUUACUUUGAAUUUAUGCAAAAAUUAGAUUAUGAAUAAGUAGGUUGUAGAAUUAUAUGUAGAGUGGGUUGCAUAUUAUAUCUAUAUAUUUAACGUAAGGUGAAUUUGAGAGCUAUCAAUUUCUUGUAUUGUUCAUAAGUUUAGAUAAUAAAUGGGUUUAGCCAUACUUCGGCUGGUUUGAUAUGUAUGUUAUCUGAUUAAUUGUAAAAAAAAAAUAAAAAAAAUCAUUAAAA